AUGUAUGUCUAUGGGCAUUAUAUACAUACACGUGCGCGCGCGCGCCCGGGCAGCCAGUCCGAACGUCUGAACGCUCGCUUCGCAGCCCGCUCCCCUCUCCUCCGCGUGCGUCCUCGUGCCGCGCUCCUGGGGGCACGCGAGCUGCGUUUCGCUCCGCUUCUUAGCCUUCGGUUUGGCGAGGAUAACGACAAACCCGAGAGAUGGGGAAGGCCAGCUUUCUGCGAAGAGUUUCUUUCCCUUAUUUGGGAGGUGGUGUUGAGAAGACUGGCCUUGAGUCACCCUAAUCUUAUAGUGGUAAAACUGGAAGUUACAAAUCUUGCAAGCAUUAGGGAAGCUGCGACUUUGGUUGAAACCCAUCUAAGAGGCGCAGGGCUUAACAUGUUGAUAAACAAUGCUGCCAUUUUUACUGAGAACACUCUUGAAACCACACGUCUUGAAGACAUGAUAAGUGGGUACACAACUAAUGUGGUUGGACCAUUGAUGGUGAGCCAGGCUUUCCUGCCUCUGUUAAGGAGAGCAGCCGAAGCAAGUGGAGAGAAAGGGUUAAGCUGCAACAAGGCCGCCAUUGUCAAUAUUUCCUCAGCCUUGGGCUCCGUUGAGUUAGCCCACAAAAAUUACAGCAAGCCUGUGAUCCCGUAUCGUUGCAGCAAGGCAGCCCUCAAUAUGUUGACAAAAUGUCAGGCUCUGAGUUAUGAAGAAGAAGGGAUCUUGUGCACUGCGGUUCAUCCAGGCUGGGUGAAGACUGACAUGGGGACCCAACAGGCUGACUUGACUGUAGAAGAGAGCGUGCAGGGCAUUCUCCAGGUAUUCUCCAAGCUCAAUCAUGAGCACAGUGGAGCAUUCGUGAAUUGGAAGGGACAGAAGGUCCCUUGGUGAAAGUCUGGGAUUUCAGCCAUAGGCUGAAAGAUCCAGCUUAUGUUGCAACAGAAAUUCUGCCCCAGAAGAUGAUGCAGUUUCAAAGUGGGCAACCUGGAGGUGUGCACCUUACUUAUCUCUUACGUCCACCGUUGGCUGAAAAAGCUUGCUAGGCUCCAGAAUGAUUGUAAUUAAUUUCCUUUCAUGGAAGGAAGGAUUAUGAAGUUUUCUUACUCCAACUGGAAGAUUUGCUUGAAGUGGUAGCAGUAAGUUAUGAAAUUCCUUAUUGCUGAUUUACACUUCAUGUUAAGUCUACAAACCUGACUUUGUACUGUGCUAUGCUGAAUCUAGUUAAAUAUAAAAUAAAACUCAAUCUGAUGAUUUCUAUGGGUUGCUGCUGUUACGCUUUCUAGCCCUUGUGAUACUUGAAGGAAAUCCUGGGGUUAAAAAACGUGCACGUUCAGGCUGGCUUUAUGUGGUUUGCUUCGUUUGGGGUUUGUAUGCAAACCCAGUUUAUUGGGUUGGUUUGUAAACUAUGGUAAAUUAAAAUCAUGGCUUGAA